CAGAACCUGCAAAGAGAAAAAUAAAUUAAAAGUUUAAAACUUUUGAGAAUUCAAUUCCAUGCUCUACCAUGACACACAUAUACUGAAGUGGGUCCCUGCUGAAUUUAAUAAAUAAGGAUAUAUAAGACGAUAAAAUAAAUAGCCAAAAAAAAAACCAGCAAUCAGGAAUUGGAGGUAAAACUAGUAGGCGAACAUUUUACUCUCAUGUAACAGUCUCAGCUAUAAAAUGGAAGCACAAUCAAGAAAUGUCAUGAUAUUUGGCUUGUUCCUUUUCCAAUCCUGAACUAAUUUGGUACUCUAUGGUUCAACAUAUUGCUAGUCUGCAUGUUUUUUCUAGUUUCUCUGUAUGAUGUUUGGCUAGUUUUUUUUUUUUUUUUUUUGGUACUCUGUAGUUCAUCAAUAUUUAUGGUCUGCAUGAAUUUUGCACUAUAUAUUUGAAUAUAUUUAUAGUCUUAGGCUUCAUUUGGUCAUCACAUUGGUAUUUAUGAAUGUAAAUUUAUCUCAAACCAAAUGGAGCUUAAGCCCUUUUUUAACUCCGGCAAUGCAACUCCUUGCAUUGCCGGUCCCAAGCUCGGGUAAAGGAGGAGGGAGAAGGGCGUCAAGGCUAGAAGAUUUGCUUACAUAUGUUGGCGUAUGGCCUUACAAUUCUCAGAGGUACAUUCGGGCUGGCAGAGUUGCUCGCGUAUGGUACGAUCUACUACACUCGACACAUGGCUUCCAGAACAGGUUGCAUUUAUUCAAACAAUGGGAAAUGAGAAGUCAAAUAGCUACUAGGAAGCAGAACUGCCUCCAAAUUACGAUAGAAAUCUUUUGGUGGGCUCUAGUUGAUGAAUAGCUUGGAUCCAUCACAUGUGCUGCGAAUCACCUUAGCACUCAUCUUCUACAUAACAUUUGUUUGUUUGUGGUCUAAACACCUUGGUCUUAUUGGAUGUCUUUCACUUAGCAAUACGAGAUUUCUUGUGCAUCAACUAAAGCUUUGUGUUUUCCUGAAUUGUGCAUGGUAAAAUGGGAUUUCACUAACUUGUUAGCAUGCCUGACUUGAGCUGAUAAAAUAGGUUUCUUCUAAUUCAAAAGCAGAGUCGGUCCCGGUGCAGGCUGAUUCAACACAGAAAGUGCAACCUACACCCAAUAUCCCACCUCCAAAGGUUGUUGAAAUCAAUGAUCAGUAUGAGACAGUGCAUUCCAGAGAGCUCAAGAGGCAAUAAGCUUACAUUUAUACAGGACCCAAAAAUGGACAAAACCUGCACCAAGAC